GUGGGUGAGCGUAGAAUAAGCUGUGUGCCUUCUCAGACAGAAAGGAUGAGUGCAAAACAUAGUAAUUGUAGACUGAAACUAAAAGCUGUACGAACACCACAGUCCUAACAGUGAGCACUCUCACAUUAGCAGCAACAACUUGGCUGUGACGAGUCAGGAUGUGGGCAGACUUCUAGCUAAAGAUCUGUAGCUACUUAAGAAGAAGACGAAAACAGACAACGUCAAGACAGGAUGGAGAUCACCUCUCUGUGGCUGAUGCUUUCGGCUACGAUGAGCAUCCAUCCCAACAGAUCUCAGUUCUUCCAGUAUGACUCCAUCACUCUGAGCUGUGCUGUUCCAACAAACGCAAGUGUCUGGAUACUGAAGAGAAACACCUCCUCUCAGAUUUCUCAGCCAUGCAGCUCUGGCUGGGGAGUGCCACAAGGGUCCUCCUGCACUAUUCAGGGUGCCUAUCCAACAGACAGUGGAGAGUACUGGUGUGAAUCUGAGCGUGGGGAGCGCAGUAAUACCAUCAACAUCAAUGUUACAGGUGAUGCUGUGAUCCUGGAGAGUCCUGCUCUUCCCGUGACAGAAGGUGAUAACGUGACACUCCGCUGCUAUUACAAAAAAGAAGACAACAGCAAAGCCACUUCUAAUUUCUCUGCAAAGUUCUUCAAAGAUGGUGUUUUCAUUGGGAUGCACUCUACAGGAAACAUGACCUUCUUGUAUGUGUCCAAAUCUGAUGAAGGUUUCUACAGGUGUGAACACCCCACAGAAGGACAGUCACCACAGAGCUGGCUGGCUGUGAGCAGUAAAGUUAUAACUCAGCCUCCACCCACUCCUCCUCCUCCUCCUCUCAUGUCUCUGCCCAGGCUGCUGUGCACCAUCCUCCUGAUAGUCCUUUACACUGUGCUGCUCGUAGUGUGUUUGAAUGUACACAGAAACCGGGCUAUAGCACAAGCUGAAGCAAAAAGAGCCUCUGAAAGUCUUUCAUCUGGGUGAUCAGUCUUGUUUCCUGCUGAUGAAGAAGAAAAAGAGCAGCUACUGUACAAGUUGUAGUUUGUUUAUGUAAUGACCAGUAUUUCUAAUAAUUGCUCACAAAAGACAAUGCUGUAUUUUAUUUAUCUAUUAAAAAAAAUGUCUAUUAUAUUUUUUUGUGUAGGUUGAUCAAAAUACAAGAUAAAGCAAAAAUCA